CACCGGGCAUUGUCCUAACUUUUGGGUGAUAAGUGAUAAAUACCGUCCCUGAUGGUGCACGUAGGUGUAAUUCGCUAAAAAAAAAAAAAAAAAACAUAAAAGUAAUAAUUAAAAAGAAAAGUUUCGACGUCUGUGUCGAAACGAUAAAAGAUAGGACAGAAGAAACGAUAGACAACUAGAGCGAGAACGAACACGAAGAUUGUAGAAGAGUAGAGAAGGUUCAAUUUGUGUGACAGUGGAUUUAUUUUUGGUUUUGUUUUAUUUAUUUUUAAUAAAACACCAUGAAAAUUUUAGUAAAAAUUCUUCAAGGACGAGAGUGUGUCGUGGAGAUAUCACCAUCAGAAACUGUUUUGGAGUUAAAAAAUAAAGUUAGCGAGCUUUUGGGUGUGGACGUUCCUCAACAAAAACUUCUGCUUACUGGCAAAGCACUUGCAGAUGAAAAUCCAUUGAGUUUUUAUCCAGGAAUAAAAGACGGCAGCAAGUUGAAUCUAGUUGUCCGAAAAACGACACAAGAGUCAAGCGAUGAAAAGUCACCUGCAAUACAAAAAUAUGGAACAGCGUUGCUGCGUGAAUCAGUAUCUAAAAUAUUAAAAAAAUAUUACAGUCAAACUGAAACGGAGUCAAUUACCAAUGAACUGGUCAAGGAAUUAAGGACCAAAGUUAAUAACCUUAGUUUCGACGAUUUGGAAAGAUUAGCUACCGCUUUACUUCAAGAUCAAGAAAAUAUAGUAUGAUGUAAUAUUUAUUAAUAUUAAUAACGAUAAUAAUAUUAUUUACUAUUCCAAUUUAUCCCUUUACAAUGUAUAAUUAUUAAUUGUAUACUGUAAUAAUAGUUUAACUAAAUAUUGAUUUUCUAUUGACAUAAAUUAUCAUGGUAUACUCCAAAAAAAAAAAAAAAGUUACGUAAUCAAUUUAAGUUAUAAAAUCAAUCAUUUUUUUUAAUUGUAACAUCUCAACAACAAAAUACACCAAUUUAUAAAUUA